AUGAAACAACCGCUUCUAAUAAGAGUCACAGAUACCGAAGAAGUUCCUAAACUCCGAUCGAUAUCGGAAUCAGCUAACAACAUCUCACGUUGGUCUUUACUCUUCAAAUUCCUUCUCGUCACCACGACCAUCGGUGUUUUCACGGCAGGUCUCUCGUUAAUCAUUUGUAUUACACCAACGCCACCGACCGUUCACGUACACUCCAUACAUAUAUCAUUCAACGACCGACAUCUCCCGAUCUGGUCAGCAACGUUCUCUAUCAAAAACCCUAACGAGAAACUCAAUGUCACGUACGAGAAUCCCUCUGUGUGGGUGUUUCACCGUAGAAGACUCGUGUUGGGAACGGUAAGAAUCGGGUCGUUCGAGCAGAAAGGCGGGGAGGAGAACGAGGUAGUUGCCAACGGAGAUGAAACCGGAGCUAUCGAUGAAGUGGCGGCUCGGGAAAUGGAGAAGGAAGUGGCGGUGAAGGGAAGUGUGGUGGGUCUUGAUAUGGUGUUUCUAGGGAGAGUAGGGUUUUAUCCGGUAGCUUCUGCUUUGUGGGGAGAACAGAACAUGACGGCUGUUUGUAAGAAUGUGAGAGCUAAGUUGUCUACUGCUGAUGACAACGUCUAUAGGACAAAGAGAUGGGAUUUGUCGUUUGAUGGUCGACGAGAUUGUCGUGUACGUCUCCCCAUGUUUCCUUAG